UGAAUUGAACUGAACUGAAAGUGUCAAAAGGAAAAUGAGCUAGAAAAUAUCAAAUUUUGUGUGAAUAUCAACAAUGAGGUGGUGUUUCACUUUGUUGUGGUGUCUGAUGUUUUUGCUGCCAUUUGCAGUAAAUGCGUAUAAAUAUCAGAAGUUCGUGCUGCCCAAACGUUGCGAAUACUUGAAGGACAGCAAACAGAUUAUGUAUCAAAAGUGUAAAGGAAAAUUCCCACUUGUGGCGUACACAAAGUUUCGUGACACAUUCAUGAAGCAGGACGAUCGCAUGGCCCUCUUUAUGCCCAAGUCGUUGGAGUAUGUGAUGGUUGCCCUCAAGGAAUCGGAGUUGCAUAAUUGUGCCAGCAUUCGACUGGUCGAGCUAAAGGAAUACAUCUGCUACGAUGAGGAUGGGGGCAAGCGAACCGUUAAAUUUAAAUAUGUUCGCAUGUAUUGCUUUCCCUUUCACAUUCAAAUCACCGAUGAUCUGACCCACGAGUGUAUUGCCGAUCGAGAUGGCAUCUCCAAUUCGCAGCUGGAGCAACAAAUGCUGGAGACGAACCAGGGCAUUAUUCAUUAUGUUUUUGACAAUGAUUUGACAACACGAUUGCAGCCAUUGCCACAAAUAAUAAUAAUUAUUACGACGCUCUUUCCGCUGGCGAGUGCAGCUCGUCAGUGGUAGCGAGUAACAAGUAACGA